CCAAUAGCAGCGCCGGGUUUAUGUUUUUGAAUUCGAGUUAGGAGGGGUCUGUUUUGAACGUAACGCGGUUGAUGUCUGUUCGAGAAAUACACUGGUUUAUUCGUCAAAUUUGAAACGCUGGUUCAAGUUCACUGGAAGUUGGAUGAGUUGUUUAUGCGAACUCCAGAUUAAUCCCAGUGAGGAUGUCACGUUCCAGCUUAGAAGACUGGUCUUCCAGUAGAAGUGGCGAGCGCACCCCUCUCAGAAGCCUGGGAAACGAGAUCCUGCACUUAUCGACUCCGCCAUCGAGGCUCAGGUCAAAGUCACAGCUCAGCGGUGACACUGUGAAAGUUAGCAUGGCUGACAGUCAUCUCUGUGACACACAGACCCAGUUCGGAUGUUCUCCAUUAAUUAAAGCGAGCUCAACCAUUCCCACUCCUACGGAUACCACCCACAAUGUUCGUGGACUUGAAGAUGUCACAUUCAAAACUUUUAUGUGUUCUGGGGAUGAAAUUGAGAUCUCAGGCUCUUCUGAUUGUGGAGGAGAGAGUUUGAUUUUGCCUAAAGAUGGGACUACUUUUACUGUUGAGGUGGAAGAUACAGUUGCUUCACCCAGAAGGUUGGAGCUGUCCUGCAGCGAGCUUGUGAAGCAUCCCUUCUCCAACCCUGAUGUUGAGCAGCCGGAUUCACUGAGUGUCUGCGACAUUUCCAGCUCUACGCUCCCUAUCGGUGACUCCGAUGAUGAGAAACAUUUCACUUGGAAGUCCUUUGCCUGUGAUGGAGGUGAGGUAGAAGUUUCAGACUCCACUGGAUUACAGGAGGAGACCAUUCCUCUGCCCUGGAAUGACCCCUGGGAUCCAUCACAAGGCGAUGGUACAAACUCAGCUGACUGCACCCAGCUGUUUCCAGUGGAACAUGAAGAUCAUCUGUACUGCAGCUGUGAAAAUGAUCCUGUCUCUACCACACAGGGAUCUGGAAAUCCCACUGAUAGACUGGCUGAACUAACCUUGAAGCCGAUUAACUGCACUGGCGGUGAGGUCGAAAUCUCAGAGGACACUGAUCCUGCAGAUGAGACUAUUCCCCUUUCUCACAUCGAUUCUGGCUGCAACUCAUACAAUUACAGCAUGGAUCUGAGUAUGUUAGCCAGAGAUAAUGGCUUAGAAAACGGUAAAGAUCAUGUAGACCAUCCCUACUGUGAUGUAAAAUAUAAUUCCUCACCUCCAUCUGAUAAUUUAAACACUGUUCAGGACCCACUGCCAUGCAGCACUCAGGCUACAGAGAGUAAAAAAAUAAAAAGGAUGGUACCUAAUGGGCAGGAUGAGAACACUGGUUUGAGCUUCAUCAGUGUAACUGUAGGGGAUGCUGACAAAUCGGAUGAUGCCACGGUGUCUGAGAAGAUCUCACAUCCCUCUGAGGACCUGCCUGGCACUAUGUUAACUCCACUUACAGGCCUUCAUAUUGAAGAUCACACUGAACAAACUAACAGCCAUUUGAAGGAUGGAGAAAUUGUGUUUGAUAUUCACCUACCACCCCAUACUGAAUCUCCUCUGACCAACGCAUCAUUAAAAGCCAUGGAUGGUGACGCUGGGAAUACAGAACAUCCUGAAGCUACUCCUUUACCCUCAGUGGUCCACAGAACCAUGGAUGCGUCUGACUGCAGCCGUCUAGCAGCUGCAGCAGAGACUCCUCUGCAAGGAGCAAUGCAACAGGGACAGGAUUAUGUAGUCCACUCCACUUCCCAGCCUCCUGAAUCCAGCGAGGCGAAGGACAGCGCUCUUGGCUCUUUGGGUCCCAUUCUCUGUAACUCUGCAGAGAAAGCCGCAGAAGCAUCCCCUGAUGUUUUGAAGGUUUUAUCAGAGUGUCGUUCGGUUGCCUCAGCCCUGCAGUUUCUCAGUCCCAUUGUCAAGAGAGCAUCUUUGUCCUUACUUAAGCUUCCUAUGGAUUCACAUCAAGACAAGUUUUUGGCUGAAGAUUCUGCUCUCGAGGCUGAGAAACGUUUGGUGGCUCCUGUUAAUGUUGACCAUGCAGGGUUCUUUGCAGAGCACCUUGAAAGUCCAAUGCCCCGCCCUCUAUUUAACUCCACGGUUUUAGGUUCGAAGCCGCAGCCAGUCUCAGCUGCAGAACAGAAGGAGGAUUCUAGGAAGACACCACAGUCUGAAGCUGCACCGCUGAUUUCUGAGGGCCAACUUCAGCAGCAGCUUCGGCAGAUGGCAGAAUUCCUCAUCGCUGCAUGUGGAAAGAUGAGCUCUGCUCCUGCUCCACCUCUUGCUGCAUUCAUGCCCUCCUUAAACAGAGCUGUUCCUGCAGAAUCACACAGCAUCUGCGUGGGCACCAGUCCUGUGAAACUGGUGGACCACAGUCUGAACACGUCUGGGAUAUUUGUGAAAAAGAGGGAAUUCUCUGUAGCUGAUUCCUGCACGGUGACCGACCCUCUCAUCUGGAACUUACCUUCUGGUAGCCUGGAGAGCCUCCCCAGACAGGAGUUGGAGCAGAGGCUGAUGUCCAGCAUGAUCAUGGUGGAGGCCCUUGUCCAGCAGUUAGCUGCAGCCAGGUUGCACAGGUGUGUCUCUUCAGGCCCGGCUCCUUCGGACCAGAGAGAGAAGCUAGUUCAGACAGACCACACUGAACUCAGUCAGACCACGAUGUACAGGGACCUCUACAUGGAGGCUCUAUGCAGGAUAAGUGAGUUGGAGAAUGAUGGAGGUUCUCUGCAGAACCUCGUCCAGGCUAUGCAAGACAUGAGAGCUACCAUGUCUUCUUUGACCAGCGGCACGGAUGCAGCUCUGUCCAGCAUGAAGGAAAUGGGUGAAACCCUCACUGAGGACCAUCAGAUCCUCGUUUCUCAUUAUGGGCACAUGAAGAUCCUGCUUGAGAAAUCAAAGGUCUCUCAGACAAGAAUCCUGGAGAAGAUAAAAGAUGUUCUUCACCAGAGGAACGACAUGAAGACUCUGAUGGAAGAAGCCUUCACAGCCAAGGAGGCGGCUUUCAGCACCAUGGAGCAGCUGAGGACACACUGUGCCUCUGAAAUCUCAGCUCUGGAAAAAUGUGUUGGAUCUCAACAGGAGCUCUUAGCUGCUCUAAACCAAACCUAUCCAGACCAGGUUGCACUAAACAAGACCUGUCAUGCAACACUGAACUUGGCUUCUAACCUUUUGUCCCAAACAAUGGAGGAGCACUCCAGUUUGAUGAAUGAGCUUUGCACCGUUAGGAGCCUCCUGCAGGAAACGACCCCGACGCUCGCUCAGCUGAAUGAGAAAGCAGCCACUGCCCUGAGAGAAAGGGACGAGCAUUGUUCUGCAAGGGAGCGAGCCUUUGAGGAGCGAGAGCAGAUUGAAGAAGAGCUGAAUGAAACUCAGUUGAAUCUUCAAACUGCCACGCAGCAGAUUAGUGAUUUAAAUCUGCAAAUCACAAUUCUGACAUCAGAGAUGGGUGUCCUGAGACAGAAGCUCACAGACAAAGAGGAGGAGACGGGUCAGCUGGAGAGGACGGUGACUGAGCUGUCCGCUACCAUUUCCUCCACGCUGGCGUCCUACACUUUCUUAGAGCAGGCGCUCGCUGCUGAAACAACAAAGUUGCAGCAGUCGUGGGAAGACGUGCAUCAAGCCAAUGAAAGAGCAGAUCAGCUGAAGACAUCCCUGGAGGAUUCAGAGCAGCGGGUUUGUGAGCUGAGCCGAGCCUUGGCUCAGAGCGACAAGCAGCUCAGUCAGCUGCAGAACCUCUCCCAGUCCCAGAGUGUGCAGAUCCGGCAGCUCCAAGAUGUCUGCACACAACUCGGUGGCGUGCGAGAGAUGAACGAGUUCCUGCAGAUGGAGAACGAGCUGGUGAGGGAGCAGAUGGCUGAGAGUGAACGGACGCUGAGGACCAACCUGCAGGCACUUCGGGAGAGGAACAUCGAGUGUGAAGACCUGAAAGAGGAAGUCUGUAAACUUCAGGUUGAGAACAAGAGUGUGUGUGAAGAGUUGGAAACCGUCAGAUCUGCGGCUGGCACAGCUCGCAUGGAGCUCCAGGAGAAGAUGGCUCAUGCGGUCACUGAAAUUACUGUUCUGCAUCACACGCUGGGGAAUAUGACCAAGGAGCUGCAGGCUUCUCUCAGCAACCAGAGAGAAGAUCAACAGAAGCAUAAAAACUCUGCACUGGUCAUCAGGUCAGAGCUCCAUCAGCCGCCCAACUCCUUCAUCGACAGGGUCAUGGUGGCUUUAGCUGCUGAGAAGGAGGAAGACGUCAGACCAGACUCGCCUUCAGUCCCCUCAGAUACAUCUGAGUCGCAGAGUGAAACUUUGUUCAGCGAGACGAGCGCCUUCAGCCGGGUCUCAGCUGUGAUCCCCAAGGAGAACUCAAACGCAGUCCAGGAGGGGGAGCAGAGCAGUGUGGCCGAGCUCCUCUCUGGACUGGGCGGUACAGUCACCGAGCUCAUCAGCACGCUUAAACUGGUGCAUCAAUGCAAAGACGCCAAACUGCAGGAGCUGCACAACACCAUCUGUGGCCUGCAGGUGGAGCAGCAGACCUCACACAGCAGACAUCAAGCUGAAGUGCUGGAGCUGAAGCAGGAGCUGCAUCGCAUGAAUAGCCUGGUGGAGAGAGGAAACCAGACUCUGCAGCAGAAAGCUCAGGACGAGAAAACUCUAACAAAGCUGCUGGCAGACGUCCAGGAGGCCCAGGAGAUCUUAAGCAAACACAAGAGUGAAAACAAUGAAUUGCGAAAGGAGGUGAUGGAGCUCCGUCGCUCCCUCCAACACUCAAGAGUUGAAGCCCAGUUCCUGCGGGAGGAGUUGAGGAAAGUCGGUGAACCAUCGGCAGGCCCGGUGCAUCACAUGGAGGAGAAGAUCCAGCUGCUGAAGGAGGUGGAGAGGCUGAAGGCCAGUCUCCAGGAAGCAGAGCAGGCAAAAGUUAGACUCCUGGAGAGAGCCAAGAGACAUCAAAAUAUCCAUCAGACCAACCAGCAGAAAACUGAGAAUGAACUUCAGAUUUUAAACCACAUGAUCAAUAAAGUCAGGGAGACUCUUCUCUCGCUGCCAGAAGUCGUGAAGCGUUGUGAACAGCUGCAGCAGCUGGUGGAGUACAUCGGCUGACAAGUUCCUGAUUGUUGCCCUGUGUUCGGAUUAUUUAUGUUAUUUUUGGGUUUGACUUCUCUACAAAGAAUAAAAUGCUUAACAAUG